UGAUUUACUGUCAAUUGGAGGAAAUAUAUAAACCAAUUAUGUAUCCGUGUCAGUCUUUUACUUCGCGUCUUUGAUCAAAUAGAGACAGUGACAAAGCCAUUUAUUCUAACAUUCAUCUGUGAAGAAGCUUUACCAUUCAUCUCAUUCUCAGACGAGAACACAGUAAAGGAGAACUAACCAGUUAAAGCCUCAAUGGCCCUUCAUUUGAAAGAUGAGUGGGAGAAUUUUGUGGUGGAACAGCUUCGAGGACCGUACAUGAAAGAGUUUGGUAAUCUGAAGACGGACGGCGAGCGCUACAAGUUUUGCAAGUAUAUUUUACGGAAUAACACAGUAGCCCAAGAAAUCAUAAGUCAAAUACAAAAGCUUCUGAGUACUAGGAGCCAACAGAAAGCCAAGUCAGCAGGGAAUGGCCAGGAAUACUUGCAUGUGGGAGAAGAACAUCUUAGAAGAAGAGAUUUCAAGAAAGCAGUGAUUUGUUUAUCACUGGCUAUCCAGCAAGUCCUUUUGUCCAGGUCUGAUAACCAAACAGCACUCUCUAACCAACAUAACGAUUUAUGUGACUUGGCAUCAUCUGACAGUACCGAAGACACCAGUAGGUCUGAUGGCCAGCCCAACCUUGCUGCUCUCUAUACUCAGAGAGCUGAGGUUCUGUAUCAGGCACAGGAAUAUAAGGCAUGUCUUAAUGAUAUUCAAGAGGUAAUAUCUCUGCAGCAUCCCCAAGCUCUUAGUGGGAAACUUGUUAAUCUUCAGAAAUUUUGUCAAAGAAAGUUAUCAUCCUCUCAACACUUGAUUCAUGGUGAGGAUACUUCACAGAAUAUUCCCACUGUUACCGGAGGACAACACAGCAAAAUAGCCAAUGGAUCCAGUUUGAUUGAAAUCAGUUGCACAGCCAGCCAGGGACGAUUUUUGAAGGCAUCAGAUGACAUCCGUGCUGGAGACACUCUUAUCUCCGAGGCACCAUAUGCUGCAGUUCUCUUACCAGAAAAUGCCCUGACUCAUUGUGAAUGUUGCAUGAAAACAUUGAUAGCGCCCUUUCCAUGCCAUGACUGCUGUGAAGUCCAGUACUGUUCACAAUCAUGUCGUGACAAGGCCUGGUCACAGUACCAUAAAGUGGAAUGUGGCCUUAGUCCACUCCUUAAAAUGAUGGAUACAUUCUUCCAGUUAUCCCUCAGAAUAAUUCUGGUUACAAGAACUGAGAGCAUUCUUGAAUUCUUGAUGGGAUCAAGUGAAAAGACUGAUAGCACAAAUGUUAACAGAUUGUCAGGAUGUGGCCCAGAGGGUGAAUACUUAGGUGAUUAUGGUUCUGUGUUCUCUUUGGUGACUAACACAGAAUCACAGCCGGUAAAGACCCUGAUGUCUCAUGCACUGAACUGUGCAUUACUAUCUGAGUUUCUUCAAGAUGUGCUGAUAAAGAAAGAGGAGUUGCCUUCAAGACCAACAAAUUGUGAUGAUUGUACAAGGAACAGGCUUCGUCAGGCCAAUGAACAACCACAUGGACAAUUUAAACAGAACUACAUUUUUCAAAAUCUUCAAAGUUUGUUUCCCACUGAUACAAGCCCAAGUUCCUUGGGAGGUGAUGUGGUAGGCUGUUUACUUUUCCACCACUCACAGCAAAUGGCUUGCAAUGUCCACGCUAUUACAGCAAUUGUGUCAACAAAUGGGGACAAACCCAGGCAGCAAGUUGUAAGCAGGGAACAGAAGAGAAUAGGGAGUGCUAUUUAUCCAACAGCAUCCUUGUUGAACCAUGCCUGUGAUCCCGAUGUCAUAGUUAGCUUUGUUGAUGGCCAUCUAGUGGUGAGGGCAACCCAUAACAUCUCCAAAGGCUCAGAGAUUUCCCACUGCUAUGGCCCUCAUGUUAGUCGCAUGGGUUAUGAAGAUCGUCAAAAGCUUCUGUACAAACAGUACUUCUUUACUUGCCAGUGUACUGCGUGCAAGAGUGAUGAAGAAAUGGAGAACAAAAGGUUAUGCUUCUCGGCCUUUGCUUGUCCUCAGUGUAAACAUGCCAUGAGGCUUUCCUCGGUGGCCAGUGGGAACAUUGGAACAUGUCAGAACCGAGAGUGUAACUUGGAGAAGAAUAUGCUUGAUGAGUGCAGAUUGGCACGAGAGGCAGAACUACUCUUUGUUAAAGGGGUGCGGUUGUUAGAAAGAGUUGGAGUGAAAGAGGCUCUUGAUGUAUUUCAUGAAUGCUUGAGACGGCGUAAAAUUCUGCUUCACGCUUAUAAUAAGGACUUGGCUGAGACGCACGAUGCUAUUGCAAGGUGUUAUGCCAUGAUUGGAGACUUUAAAAAGGCAUGCUACUACUGUUCCUACAGCUGUGAGGCAGUUGAAAAGGCAUUUGGUUCUUCGAGUGUGGAAUACGCUCACGAGCUUCACAAGCUUUCACAGCUCCUAUUCAAUGACCGGCAGAUCAAGAAAGCACUCUCCACAAUCGACAAGGCCACGAAUCUCCUAACUCGGCAUUACGGUCGGAGUAAUCCAGAUGUGAAGGAACUAAGCGAGAUGAAACGUUGUCUAGUUUCCGUUGGUGGUUAUGCAAGGAACAACAGUUCGUGACUUGGUAGUCACGCAAUAAUGCAACGUGACAGUCGAACUGUAGUUGCUAUGACUAAAAAAAUUGGUAGAGUUUUUGGAAAUGCAUGGGUUUUUCGUCAUCUUUUUUUUAAGCUUUCUUAGAUGACUGUGUGAUUUCUGUGAUCCAAUUGUGUGACUCGUAUUACGUUUAGUGGUUAUGUGGCGAAUCACACAAUCCUUUUGGAUACCAGUUUUCUGUUAAAACAAAAGUAAAAAUAUAUUGAAUGUAAAAUGAUUAACGGUUUGUAUGAAUUACUUUUUGUUAUGAAAACAUCUUUUAUACUAAAAGUUUGGUGUUAAGUUAUAUAAUGCGUUCUCUUCAGUGCAGGAGACAUCGUUACAAAAAAUUUUUUAACUACUUGUUUUGUUUUAAAAACAACAAGUUUAAGUAAGUCUUUAUUAUGCGGAGUAACUCGAAGGAACACUAUUUAAACGUCGAAAAUAGAGAAGUGUAGUUAUUAUAUUCAUUAAUUGCUCCAAGGCAAAUUCUGACAAAAUUUUUCCACCUUUAAGAAAGUCUUAUUCCUGGGUUUGAACAAGUAAAGGCAAUUUUGCAGCGGAUUCUGUUAUUGGGUGUCACUUGUGACGUAUCAGGAGAAUCGACUUCGUUUUGCUCCAAACGAAUUGAUUAAAUAAAAUUUCAAAACUGC